AUGUCGUCGACGGACACAUCCAUGGCUGGGCGGGACGUGGUGCCCAACUCGACACAAACAGCACACCAUGGCAUGCGACCGUCGCUGGGUGCUUUCUUCCAUUGUCCAUUGAGAAGCUCACCAACUAGCCCCAUCACAAACUUUCUAUGGGGAUCACGGGUUACUGGCUCCGCCGGUACCAAACGUCGCGUAAGAUACGCGUUGGAGCGCGCCACAUCGAUGAGCGCGAGCGCCAACUUCUUGUGCCAGCGUUUGUACGAACACCCAUCGGCAGUUGAGAAUCGCCCGCAUAUUUGA